GUCCAUUUUGGUGUGUUUGGUCCAUGAUGGUGCCUUCAAUCUCAUCUGGUGCUGCUGGAGUCUUGAGGUCAACGAUCUGCAAGCAUGCCAGCCCCAGUCAGCCUACUGCAAGCCUACACCCAGCCUUUAUGCCCCCUUUUCUCGCUAAGUUGCUGGGCGCAUACCGGACCAUUACUCGUCCUUAUCCUGGCACUCGUAGCGCCUGCGCCUGGAGGUGAGAGGGCAACCCCAUGAUACAUACAUAGCACCUGCCUGUCAUCGUCGCAGUCUGCCUGAAUGCUUGGAAGUGAUUCACUUGACUCGGUGAUCAAGGUCAACUGACUCACAAGGCGUCUUCUGUCUGCAUGACUACACACGCAUCGCCCGUGCCAUCUUUAUCUUGCACUUUGACGUUGCUUCGUUGACCUACACCGCCAAAAUGGAUGCGACGAACGAAAGAAACCCUGACGCCGGCUUCAAGUCCAAGGGAAGACCUCAGUCAACACUUGCUCGCGAUUUCUCAGCCGCGUUGGACGAAAUGUUCAAGUUAAACGGCGUGGGUGCUCUCGAGGAGGCUGUUGUCCAGAAAAAGGAUACUGUCCAAUCUCAGCAAUAUCAGCUGGAAGACCUCGAGACAAAAUUACGUGAGGCAGACGAAAGAUUGAAGCAGCUUGAAGCCAAACACCAUCGGACCCAAAGCGAGAUGAAGUUUGUUGGCCGCCAGAGACAACCGGUGUCAUCCCUCUUCAAUGCAGACGACGAAGACAGCAGCGGCGACAGUGACGCUCAUGGAAGGUCGUCGCCUCAGGAUGAAAGAGCCAGACAACAUUGACGAUAAAUAUGGCAUCGAACAUUCAGAAUCAUGGGCAUGCGAUUGGUAUUGGAGCUUCUUUGGUUAUUCGUAUAUACCCUUUUGGCAUGAACAACAGGCGUUUGGUGACGGCACGAUGGUAGCCAGGAGCUUUUCGUUCGAGAUACACCGGGAGCUUUGGAUGAGGAACACAAAUUGAUCAACGCUUCCUAGAGCAUCCGUACACUCUUUCUCUCGACCUAAUGAUAAUUCCUCGCAAUCUUCUCGUCCUCUCGCAAACAUCUUUCAAGCAAGGACAGCUGGCAUGGAAGAUUCCUCUCA